AUGGCGCCCGCUUCACCCAGUUCCACUGCGGCCGGCGCCAUGUCGGAUGCAGAAGGUCCUACCUCUCCUGCUCGCGCCGACGAGGGUAAGUCUUUCGUCUCGCAAGCCAUGACUGAGGAUGAAGAUACCCGCAUGAUGGAUGCGACUCCAGAACCCUCUGAGAAGGCAUCAGGUCGUGGCAAAAAGGCCUCACAGUCGAAGGAUCAAUCAUCGCAGGCCAUCACUGGCAAGAUCAGACAUUUGAAAAAGGAGGAUGGCGAGCCGCUCUGGCGCAAGGACAUCCAAUAUGACUUCCUCAGGGCCAUUUUCGACGACGAAAACGCCGUCUUUACCAACUCUUACGAACCUGAAAAGGGGCCACAGAACUUUGCUGAUCUGUACAUCGACACCAUGUCGCGAAGCAGCAAGACCAGCAAGGUUCUCCGCGACAAGCUGCUUAGUGAUCGGGCUGCCGCCAAGGGAAUGGCCAUGGUCUGUCUCUUGGUCAACAUCGGAAGGAUGAACACCACGCUCAAUUUCUUUCCCGAGAUGCGAGCCCAAUUGCGAACGUACCACGCUAUCCCUUCCCUCCAGGCCAACCAAGACGCGCAUGCCUACAAACAGCUUCAAGAUGCCCCCAGACUGAAGUCGAUUUUGAAGGGUGGUGCUGAAGAUCGCGAGGAACCUACGAGUCUUAACAAGAUCAAGUCCCUCGAUGUCCCUCGUACGAACCCUGUCAACUUGCUCUUCAUAAUCUGCCAAUCGGCGGCUAAGAUUGCUGAACUGCACUUUCCCCCCGGCCGCGAGUUCCACGAUCUGGUCAUGAAGACCAACCUGACUAGCAAAUCCCGUGCCCGUGCUUUCCUCUGGAUCAUGUGGUUCUACCUCGAAUCCGACUUUACUGAAGAGGGUUGCGAGGAGAACCCAUUUGGCCCAGGCGUCGAUUAUGGUGUUGACGUGGCCAACCAGGGGGUUCCUGAUUUGGAUGAGAUGACCCCCGAGGAAGAGGCACAGGAGAACGUUGAUACACAGUCGGAGAUCGAGUUCGGAGAGGAGAAGCAGAAGAUGCGUGCUAAAAUUCUCGAGGCGGAUCAGGCUUAUCUCGCCGACAGCCAGACAAAGCGCGGCUCGAGAACAUCACGUAUCAUGGCCGAGGAGGGACCGGCCAUCUUACCUCGCAUCCGCCCGUCGAAGCAUGAGUCGGAUCUGGACAGCACCCGCUCGACACCCCCACCCAGAGCGUUGGGCCGCGGCCUAGGGGGCUCUGUCAGACGUGGAGGUGCGCCUCUCAAGUACCAGAUAUUCGAGGGCUCCUCACCCGCUGGUCCAGGUCACCAUCAAGCUGAGGGCAUCGUUGCACGAAAGCCUCGACCCCCAACAGCACACCAGAUUGCGGUCGAAAGAAACAGAAACCAAAGAGUUGAGUACAUUCUUGACAGAGGCAUCCGCAAACAGCAUCACAAGGCCAGAAAGCUUAGGCGCCAAGAUGGCGCCAUCUAUCGCGCAUACAAACGGAUCCAGCAGAUGCAGGAUCCCUUCGAGGACAGCGAGGGUGAGGAUGGCCCGCAGCGACAGCUAAUGUCUGGCGGCGAUAAGACCGUUGGCGCUUUUCGGGAGAAGGGAUUCGGCGGUCUUGUGCUGCUAAGUACGGAGACCGAUGACUUUGGAGAAGAAGCAAGCUCCUACGCUGCGGCCUUCCGACGCACCUCGCGGCGCCUGGCCCGGUGGGGCACAUACGAAGGUCCUCCACUUGGGGUCAUCCCUCCCAGGAAGAAGCAGAAGGCAAACGGUGUCGAAGGGGGUGAAGCCGGCGAUAUGACACUGGACCUCGAUGCCACCAGAGUGACUGGCUCCCCUUCUAGGGAAAAUGGCGAUCUCAACGGCGACGUAACCCUGGGUGAUAUCACGAUAGGAGAUGUUACAAUGGACGAUGCGGACGACGCCGAUAAGACGAUUGUUCCGGGGAGCCCGGCUGAGGAUGAAGAACUUGACGAUAUGGACCGGUCUCUGUUGGGUCUUUCCGCUGAUCAGGAAGUUGAGGACUCCGCCUCCGAUUCCGACUAG